AAUGAAUAAAAAUAGUAUUAAUAGAAAUAGAAAAUUAAAUUUAUUUGACAAAAAAGAUCAAGAAAAUCUUUUCUCAUUUUCAACUUCAUUUCUUUUCUUUUCAAAUUAAAUAUUUGUCAGUUUGUUUCAAAAGGUGAAUUCUCUUUCAGUAAAAAUUCUUUCUCGUCGAAAUUUCGAUUUUAAAAAACAUAAAUUUCAAACGCUUUUUUUUUUUAAAAAAAAAUAUUUCGUUAUUUCAUUUUAAUAAACCAUAUUCAAAAAUACAACAAAACGUUUUUUGUGAUUAAAACUCUUUUGAUAAGAAUUUAAUUUCUUUUUCAAAUAUAAAACUUCAAAUAAUAUGGUUUUUUAACAAAAUUCUUUUUGAAAAUUCAAAUUUGACAAAAACAGAAUUAAAGUUUCAUUGAAUUAAUAUUUUCUUCGAUAAAAAACAGAAUUUUCUUCUUUUUCUUUUCAUCCAAAUCUUUUCUUUUCUUUUUUUUUUCUAGAAUCAAUAUUCAAUAAAUGGGAAAAUAAUGCCACAACAAUAGCUGGUGGAAUUAAAGAAGGACAAGCAUUGAAUCAACUUCAUUCUCCUCACGGAAUCUUUAUUGACAAAAACAAAAAUGUUUUCAUUGCUGAUUAUUCAAACGAUCGUAUUGUUGAAUGGAAACAUAAUGCAAAAGAAGGGCUAGUCAUUGCAGGUGGAAAUGGAAAAGGAAACCGAAUAGAUCAAUUGUAUCAUCCAACAGAUGUAAUUAUUGAUCAACAAAAUUAUUCCAUCAUCAUUGCUGAUUUGGGAAACAGACGAGUGGUUCAAUGGAUGAAUCAAAAUAAAGAAAUCUUAAUUGAAAAUAUUGCUUGUUAUGGCUUAGCAAUGGAUAUUCAUGGAUUCCUUUAUGUUUCUAAUUGGCAGAAGAAUGAAGUGAGACGAUGGAAAAUGGGAGAAUUUAACAACGAAGGAAUUGUAGUAGCAGGUGGAAAUGGAGAAGGACAUAAACUCAAUCAACUUGAUUAUCCUACAUUUAUGUUUGUUGAUGAAGAUCAAUGUGUUUAUGUAUCAGAUCAAAACAAUCAUCGUGUAAUGAAGUGGAGAAAAGGUGCAAAAGAAGGACAAAUUGUAGCUGGAGGAAAUGAUAAAGGAGGGAAUCUUAAUCAAUUGUCUUCACCUCAAGGAGUCAUUGUUGAUCAAUUGGGUCAAAUUUAUGUGGUAGAUUAUUGGAAUGAUCGAGUAAUGCGUUGGUGUGAACGAAAAAAAGAAGGUGAAAUUGUUGUUGGUGGAAAUGGUGCAGGACAACAAUCAAAUCAAUUCAAGUUUCCCUUUGGUUUAUCUUUUGAUGACGAAAGAAGUCUUUAUGUUGCUGAUAGUCUUAAUAAUCGAAUUGGAAAAUUUGAAAUAAUAUUGUAA